CGCCUCCGGCAGCAGUGCCGCACCGUUGCCGCUGCCGGCACGCGGCGCGCAUCCGGGCCCGCAGGCCCACUGCCGUGGCCGCUGCAGUCGACAUGGCUGCCGAGAGGACCGCCGACAGUCGCGUCGUCCCGACGACGUUGGCUGUGUAAUAACGUCAUCCUGCGUGACGUUUGUCAGACGUGUGUACUGCGCAAACAAUGACGUAUUCGACAAACAAUGGAAUGAUUUUUAAUAUUCAUACAUUCUUCUAUUGCAGAAUGGAAUUUAAUUUGAAUACAGCACUCUAUAAGUUUGUACAAAUCAACAUAUAUAUGAUGAGGAACGUUCUAUAUCAGAAAAUACCAUUAUUUCUCAGUGAUUAUCGAAAAUAUCAUACCAUCAUAACCGGUUAUACCGUUGAUACCAGUCUAGUAAACAAAUACCGGAUACUGGUAUCGAAAUCUGAAAUACCGUCUUGUGCAUAUCAUGAUGAUGUAAAACAAUAAAAUAAUUUAAAUAUUAAAAAAAAAUCAAAGCGACAAACAUAUCAUAUCAUUCGGACGGCUACAGGCAGGCAGGAUUCGCGUAGAGAGCUGACAACGACUCGGUGGCGUCGAGUGCGCGUCAUCGACGACGUGGGCGAGGGCUAGGAAUUCUCCUGAUAUAAUAUUAAACGUGCUUGAUCGACAAUGAUAAGUGGUGUGCUGUUGAUGGUGGCUGUGAUAUCAGGCAUAGUGUGCGGCGAAACGUCGAGACCAUCGGGCGCUAGAGCCGCGUUUAAGGACGCUGGCCAGGCGGAAAGGCACUUGCUGGCCGCGCUGGGCAUGAAGCGCCGACCGGUGGUGGACAAGUCCAAAGUGGAGAUACCAGCCGCCAUGCUGGAGCUUUAUAGGAUGCAAAUGUCGUACGAAUACGACACCACGGCCUUACCGUUACCGGGACACCAUGUCAAGUCCGCGAAUACCGCCCGCACUUACUUGCAUAGAGAGUCUGAACCCAAAAAGCCAAAGUGCCGCAAAUACAGGCUACAGUUCGCAGUCGACCCGUUGCCGGACGGCGAAUGGCUAACCGCGGCCGAGUUGAGGUUGACGCCGUCUCGGCACCGGCCGGUCGGACAUCCGGGCCGCGUGCAAGUGCUCGUGCACGACAUCGUUCAACCGGGCGUCCGCGGCGUGUCGAAGCCAGUGCUACGGUUACUCGAUUCGCAGUACGUAGACCUGCCGGAUGCGGCGACAACGGGACAGGACGAAGAAGCGUCGGUCACGCUGGACGUGACGCCCGCGCUGGAGCGGUGGUCGCAGCACGGUGGCCGGUGGAUGGCCGGCAAUCACGGACUACUGAUCGAGACGCUCACUGACGGCGGCACUAACGUCCGGGCCCCCAUACCUGAAACGUUCGAGUUGCGGGCCGCCGACAGGCCUGCGCUGCUCGUGUACUCGGACGACGGCAAGAACAGUCGUCCCGUCGGCCCACCACGGCGGAAACGCUCGUCGGGUGCCGGCCAACAGCAACAGGGCAGGGGCGGCGGUGGCAAGCGGCGGAAGGACGGCGGCAGCGGCCGGGACAUCUGUCAGAGGCAUCCGCUGUACGUGGAUUUCACCGACGUCGGCUGGGACGAUUGGAUCGUCGCGCCGCCCGGCUACGACGCUUACUAUUGCCACGGCGACUGUCCAUUUCCAGUGGCCGAACACCUCAACUCCACCAACCACGCCAUCGUCCAGACGUUGGUCAACUCCAUGAACCCCACCGCCGUGCCUAAAGCGUGUUGUGUGCCUACUCAGUUGGCGUCCAUAUCCAUGCUGUACCUAGACGAGGACAACAAAGUGGUGCUCAAAAACUACCAGGACAUGCAAGUGCUCGGGUGCGGGUGCAGGUAGGCCUCGGCCUAGACCCAUCACACAUACACACACACGCACACACGCACACACGCACACUUAUACACAGACACACCCACUCACCCACUCACCCACAAACACAUAGCGUCGCCCAAAGAUAUUAUUAAUAGUUAUUAGUUAUUAUUAUUAUUAUUAAAUAUUAAUAUAUAUAUAUUUACGUAUAUAUUAUUAUUAUUAUUAUUAUUAUUAUUAUUAUUAUUAUUUUACUAUUGUGCGUUUAUGGAACGAGGUGGUUUACCUAUUUUUACGAAUUUUGUUUUUAAUAAAAAUGUUUUCUAUCGCUCGAUCGUUUUACGCGAUAAGUAUAGGUACACAUUUUAUUCACUGAUUUAUACGUUCCCUCGAUGAAACAUUACAUAGAAUAAUCGUAUAACUACCAAUGCUGCAGAUGACGGGCUCAUAAUAUAUUAUAGACUAAAAAUGUUUGUAAUAUUAUUAUGUGUUUUAACGUAAAAAAACACAUCGACGAUAUACAUCCUCUUUAGACGGAUAUAAUAUAUUAUUACGUAAUAUCACAAUCACAUUAGGUAAUAUUAAAUAUAUAAAUUCUUCGGCAACCGACAAAUAUAGAACGAGAUCCCCGACAAAAUCGAUAAAUAUAUUUUACCUAUUAUACCUACCUACAUUUACGUAAUUUCAACAUUAAAACGGCUUAAGAUCCAUUUUAUUGGAUAAUUAAUGUUGUAAUCGUUGAAACAAUAAUUGUGAAGUAUUAUAACAUUAAGUCAACGUUAUGGACGUGAUGAGAAUUUUUUAUUUAACAUUUGGGUACUGUUAAUUUUUCCGUAAUAUAAUAUAUUAUUAUGUUCAGUCGAAAUUUCAAACGAAUAUAUCUGUUAUUUAGUUUUAAACGCGUAAAAAAAUAAAUUCAAACAUCUCCGGAAUACGUCGUGUGAUGUCUCUUAUAAUAUAGGUAUAUCGUUGUUCGUCGAUUUAAGACAUCUAUUUUUGUUUUUUAAUAUUGUUUGAGAUUGCCAUAUCUUUUCCCACCCUUUCUUAAUCAACCCCAUCACAACCACCGUUUCCGUUUAUCGUUAAUUCAUCACGACACUCAUAGAAUCCCAAUUCAUAUAAUAUUAUAGUAUUGUGUCCCAUUUUUAUUUAUUUUUUUUUUUUUUAUAUAU